AUGGGCUCUUUACUGCUUCCUCAAACUCCAUUUGCAUCAUUUCGUUCCACCACUAACACUACUAAGAGUAGCAGCUACUCUCAUCCUACAUCUUUACCCUUUAAUCCAAUUAAGCCUCUGAGCAGAAGAAAGUUUCUCGCACCGCUGAGUGUUGCUGCUCCUCCGAAUCCUGCAACCAGUUCUUUUCAAGGAGCUGAAGAAGAUGAAGAAAUUACGAUUGGAACCCAGGAUGCAGAAGAGGGUUCAUCAUCAAAAUUCAUAUGGAGAGACCACUGGUAUCCUGUCUCGCUCAUUGAGGACCUGGACCCAAGUUUGCCAACUCCAUUUCAGCUCCUCAAUCGGGACCUUGUCCUUUGGUUUGAUCAAUCUAGCUCCCAAUGGGUUGCUUUUGAUGAUAAAUGCCCCCACCGUCUUGCCCCUUUAUCUGAAGGGAGGUUAGAUGAGAAUGGGCACUUGCAGUGUUCCUAUCAUGGAUGGUCAUUUGAUGGUUGUGGAUCAUGUACAAGGAUUCCUCAGGCUGCAUCGGAGGGACCUGAGGCGAAGGCCAAGAAGUCUCCAAGAGCUUGUGCUACUAGGUUUCCAACUAUGGUGUCUCAAGGGCUUCUCUUCGUUUGGCCUGAUGAGAAUGGGUGGGAAAGAGCUCGUGCCACCAGCCCACCCAUGUUACCUGAUGAUUUUGAUAAGCCAGAGUUCGCAACAGUAAAUAUUCAGCGGGAUCUGUUCUAUGGGUAUGAUACUCUCAUGGAGAAUGUCUCUGAUCCUUCUCACAUUGAUUUUGCACAUCACAAGGUCACUGGGAGGAGGGACAGAGCCAAACCAUUGCCAUUCAAGAUGGAAUCUUCUGGAACUUGGGGCUUUGCUGGUGCAAAUGAUGAUAACCCUAAAAUUAGCGCAAAAUUUGUUGCACCUUGUUAUUAUAUGAAUAAAAUUGAAAUUGACACAAAGCUUCCUAUUGUGGGUGAUCAAAAAUGGGUAAUCUGGAUUUGUUCCUUCAAUGUACCAAUGGCGCCCGGGAAGACCCGUUCAAUAGUUUGUAGUGCGAGGAAUUUUUUCCAGUUUUCAGUGCCAGGACCUGCCUGGUGGCAGGUGGUUCCCAGAUGGUUAGAACAUUGGACAUCAAAUAAGGUGUACGAUGGAGACAUGAUAGUGCUUCAGGGUCAAGAAAAGAUUUUUCUUUCAAAGUCCAAGGAAGGCUCCGCAGAUAUCAACAAGGACUACACCAAAUUAACAUUUACACCAACACAGGCUGAUCGGUUUGUCUUGGCAUUUCGGAAUUGGUUGAGACGGCAUGGAAACAGCCAGCCUGAGUGGUUUGGCACGAUUGAUCAGCAACCUUUGCCCUCCACUGUCUUAUCAAAACGCGAGAUGUUGGAUAGAUUUGAGCAGCACACGCUGAAGUGUUCAUCUUGUAAAGCAGCUCACAAGAACUUUGAGACACUGCAGAAGUUUUUGAUAGGCCUUACUGUUUUCUGCGCUUCCACAGCUGGGAUCCCUUCAGAUGUGAAACUGCGCGUUCUUCUUGCCGGAUGUGCGAUUUUAAGUGCAGGGCUGGCGUAUUUUGUCCAUGAGCUUCAGAAAAAUUUCGUCUUUGUUGAUUAUGUACAUGCUGAGAUUGAGUAA